CAACAUGCGUUUAAUAUAAUAAAUUUAUUCGUAAUAGUUUGGCUAAUUGUUCAUAUAAAUUUUAGCAAUUCAAAACAAAAUAAACAACAAUUAGACGAUAUUUCCGAUAAUAGUUUUAAAAAAACAUUUUCGAAUAGUGAACAAGAUGCACGUAUAACCAAUAUGACCAAGAAAGUUUCCCGUGACUAUAAAAAAAUUCUGGAUUCGAGUACUUUGAAAAGCGGCUAUAAAGAUGAGAUGAAAAAACUGAAUAAAGAAAAAGUCGACGCUGAUAACCCGCGUCUUCUACAGAUGAUACGGGAACAUUUUAUUGUACCACCAUCCAAUCUUCCAUACAAUUUAGCAGAAAUAAACAAACGGGAUACUUCCAUGGGACAAGCGGCUUUUGUUGACAAUAGACUAGGUUACAAAAAAGAAGGGUUUUUUGUUGAAAGCGGGGCUCAUGAUGGAGAAUAUUUGUCGAACACUCUUUUCUUCGAAAGAUAUAGAAAUUGGACAGGAGUUCUAAUAGAACCACUAUCUAAAAGUUUUCAGAAAUUACGUCUUAAAAGAAGAAAAGCUUACAUCAUAAAUGCCUGUCUUAGUGUCCAUCCAUAUCCAUCAAAGGAAUACAUGACAACUACACCAGUUAUUGGAGGAAUAGUAAAGAACAAUGCAAAACAAAAAUUUAAGCAAGAGCAAAUUGUUGAAGUACAAUGUUUCCCGCUCUAUUCAAUCCUUCUUGCAUUAAAUCGAACAAAUGUUGAUUUUCUAAGCUUAGAUGUAGAGGGUGUAGAGCUUGGUGUUCUAAAUACUGUACCUUGGAGAAAUGUGAACAUUACAAUGAUGUCAAUUGAAUUUGACAAGUGGCCGGGAGGAAGCGAGAGCCUUUGCAUGUAUAUGAAGCGUAGAGGCUACACUUGUGGAAUGACAAUGUUCGCGGCUGGUGCAGCAGACGUUUUAUUUCAGAAAAGAAAUUGAGUAUGUUUGUCAUUUCUAUCCAGAUGCUGUGAAAUUGUUGAAAGAUAAAGUGA